UUUGGGAAAUAAUGGGCAACAGCAGUUAUCCUGCACUAAAAAGUAUUUAUUUUCCCUUCUCUUUCCAGACUUCAUAUUCAGAGCACCCAUUAAAUUAMGCAAACCAGGGGAACUCCGAGAAGAAUAUGAAAGCCAGCUAAGGAAGCUGAGAGAAGAGAAACUACAAGAAGAAAAGACRUCAGAGGAUCUGAUUCACAAGUUCAUUCUAGAUGACAUGGAUGUAGGGAAAAGAAAAAUGGAGGAACAGCAGAAAAAAGAGGAGUCUGUAGUGCUGAAAGGGAACCAAGAGUGUUUUCCUGAACGUCUCUCGGAUUCUGAGAACGAGGAACCAUUCCAGGGCAAGCAAACGCAUCGGUCAGCUUUUGUUUCCAAGACCAGUGCCUACUCCUUUGCUUUCCUUUCAGGGAAUUUAACUGCCAAGGUGGAGAGGAGUCGGAGCUGCAACGACACCAUUCAGGARAGAUCCAAGAGCAGGCAGAGAUCAGCCCCAGCCAACAAAACCAAGGUGCUGCCCAUCACCAGCACAUCCACUCCACUGCUCGGGGUGCUGGCAUCCACGCAGAACAACCGCUGCCUGUCGGCCCCGGAGCUGACGGCCGAGAAGCGGCUGCUCCUCAGCGCCGUGUCCUCCCUGUCAGCCCUGCACAGGCCCGAGCGCUCCAUCAGCCCCGAGAGCAACGACAGCAUCUCGGAGGAGCUCAACCACUUCAAGCCCAUCGUCUGCUCCCCGUGCACUCCCCCGAAGAGGCUGCCCGAUGGCAGAGUCCUGAGCCCCCUCAUCAUCAAAUCCACCCCCAGGAACCUCAGCCGGAGCCUGCAGAAGCCCACCACCUACGAGGCCAGCCCUAGAAUAYUGAAAAAAUGGGAGCAGAUAUUUCAGGAGCGUCAGAUCAAAAAGACUCUCUCGAAAGCGACCCUUACGUCCUCGGUUUCGGAGCCUGGGGAAGACAUGGCGGUCCCYGACAUCACCAACUCCAGCAGUUGCACUAAGGAGCAGCCACAAGUGCAGGAUGAUCACCUUGCACCCGRCACAGCAGAGCCUCGGCCUGAGCUGGAUUUCUGCCCUUCUGUCAGUGAAAUGAAGCUGGGAAGGGGCAGGGAGAAGAACCGAGGCUCACAGGCCUUAGCCACAGAUGGCAGUGCUGCUGAGCCAGAUGUGAGAUCAAACGUAACCUCCCUAAACACACGAGUGUCUGAAGUCCCUGACCUAAAAGUGAAUGCAUGCAUGGACAAAUCCUGUCUCAGCCUGGGCCCGAAAAUGCUGAGCAGAAGAGUCAUGGGCGUCAGCGCAUCGCUGCCUGACAAUGGCACGCUCGCAGUCCCCGUCAAAGCAGCGGGGAAAAAGCAGCUGAAAUACCUGAACAACAGCGAGCUGAUCAACGUGCAGAACAGCAGCUGCAACUCSGUGGAGAACAUCAUCGGGGAGCAGCCCCCGCUGCUGCGCCGGGGCCGCAAGAGACGCUGCAAAACCAAGCACUUGGAGCACAACGGCUCCGUCAAGAGACUGAGGCACGGGGCAGGGGAGGUGGGGCUGCCUGCGGACCUGCGGGACGUGCAGCAGAAGCUCCAGCAGGAGGAGGAGGACAGGAGGCUGGCCCUGCACCUGCAGAGGAUUUUCGACAGCGAGAACAGGACAGUGGAGAGGCGGAAAGUGCGUGUGGAUCGCUAUCUGCUGCGCUCCAAGAGCACUCUGGGUGCCAAGUAGCACUGCUGGAYGAUGUUGCCUUUCUAGAGGACCGUGAGGUUUAUCAGAUUAUCUUAUAGGAAAACUAUUUUUUGCCCUACUUCCGCCCACCCAAUUGUUUUUUUCGUUUUGGUGGUAAGACAUUUCUAGGUCCAGUUCAGAGAGAAACCAGAGUCCUUUCAGAUUUAAAAAAAAAAAGAGAGAGAGAAUGAGAAAAAAAAUUCUACAGUCCUAUCUGGUCCGUUGGUCUGAAGGAAUUGCCUGUGAAUYCCUGUGAAUACACUGCAAGGCCUCCACACGCAGUCAGGGACAUGUGGGAUCCCCAGACAAGAGGGUUGUGAAUGUGGGGUAUGAGAAGAAAAAAAAAAUCAGAAAAAAAGCUGAGCUCUGCUUAUGGAAAUUGUCUGAGAAUCUUCUCCUGUCUGCCUGCCCCAAUUUCUCCCUCUGGCUGCAUCUGGCUGUGGGGUCAGACUCUUAUCCCUGCUCUGUAUUUCUCCUGGAAAGUCCUAAACAGAGCUCCCCCAUAGUACUUCCAAAUGAAUGUAUCUCACUGUCUGCACCAGCACGACAGAUAAUUUGUCACUUUCUUGAAGCAGAAAGCCAAAUGCAGUGAAAAGAAAGACCUAAAAUAAGCAUUUUACUGAAAAACCCRAAAGGGACUUGUAAUUUUAUGUGAUAGUGCAGAGAUAUAGUGAUAUCUCUGUGAUAUAUAUAUAUAUCCCUUAGUGGCAGGGCAGAGAGCUCAGGUGGAGCAGCUGGAGCCCCACGCUGAGCACUGGACCCAGGGAGCUUUGCUCCCAGUCCUUUCCAAACCAAGAGGGUUUCCUGUUCUCCCCCCUAAUAUUGAAGGGAGGGGUUUGAGGAAGGAUGUCCUCCCAGCUGCCACGUCCCUUGCUCAGCAGAGAUCUCUCUCAGCACAC